GAAUAGAUUGAAAAUAAAACAUUAGUAUUACUCCUCCAUUUUUCUGCAACAUUUUCAGGACGUGAAGAACUUGAUAGUCUUGUCGUGAAAGUUAUGAAGAGAAAAGAAGUUCCUACAGUAACAAUAACAAAGAUUACGAAUUAAACAAUUCACGGCAGAAACGAGGACAAAGUUUGUUUUCACAUUAGGGGAAGUUAAAAACAUGGGAAAGAUCAUGCCAUCCACCUCAGACCCUACUCUGGGAAUGAAUGACGAGGAGAAAGACGGUGACAAUACGAAAUAUGUCGAUGAGCUCCUUUCGAAAGAAUUACUACAGCUUUCAGUUGGCGAUCGGAAUGACAUUCAAGAAGAAAUCCAUGGCGUCGGGUGUUUGGCGCCGGAAGAAACGCCGGAGUUCGUCGAGCGAUCGUUAAAGGAGCUCACUCUGGAACUAGAGGAACUGAUGUUUUCUCUGCCCAAAUUUCAAACGCGGGGAUAUCAACAGAGUCAACUCCAACCAAAUACUUACGUGAAUGAGAAGGAAUUCCGAUUGCGGUUUCUGAGGUGCGAAUUGUUCGACAUUCGAAAGACUGCGUUCAGGAUUUGUGAAUUUCUGGAGUGGGCCCUAAUUUUGUUUGGGGAGUACGCCUUGCAGCGGCCCAUCACACUUCACGAUUUCAGCAAGGACGAACUCAAGUAUUUCAGACAGGGCUACUAUCAACUUCUGCCCUCUCGUGACCGUUCCGGGAGAAGAAUUGUAGUCAUCAUACCCGGAGAAGGAAUGGAAAAAAUACCGAAAGAUGCAAAGGUAUGUAUGUAGAUGUGUAUAAUUAUUUGACAAAGGAUUGAUUGGUUGCUUGGAAUUGUUUGUUCGUACCGUUUCCAAAUACGAUACUGGUCUCACAAAGAGAUUGCAUACGUGCCUUCGGUAUGAUUCGAACGAAACGAAAAUGAAAAACGAUGUAGGCAAAGAUUGCAAUGUACACAUCCUGGGCAGCUGGAUGCAACGAUAUAGAUACACAACGCAAGGGGUUGGUAUUUUUGGUAUGGUUUGAUAAGUCGAUCAAAACAUCGCAAAUAGGCACAAAGCAGAAGGCCAAAGACCACGAGGUGGCGUCUGUACGAGCAAGUGCAAUUCAUUGCUGCACUCCCGACACAGCAUUGUUCCGGUUCCGUCGUUCCAUCAUGGCGAUGCGAAUUGCCCACCACAACCGAUACAAGCUCAAAUACCAUUUGGGAGAUGCCAUGGAAAAUCGAUACAUGCUACAAACCUAUGGAAUACCGUCCGACCAGAUUCCUCUCACAUGGAGCGGUACCGUCAAGCUCAACUACCAUCGGCAGUGGGUACGCCUCCGCCAUGCGAUCGAGCAACGAGAAUUGCGACAGCGUUUGUCGGGAAUGGAUAGCUCUAUGUUUGUCCAAUUAAAUAAAAACACAAUGAUCGACUGUCCCAACCUCAGCGAUGUUCUGUUUCGCCAGGGAACAUCAACGACUUCUCAUCCGGGCAACGUGGCGUUUCGGGUCAUGAUCGAAAGGCGGCUAAAAAAAUUGGAGCGUAUACAGCGAUUAGAAGCGGAAACGAAAGAAAUGACACGAAUCAGAUCGAAAGACGGAAGCAAACGAAGCUCCAGCGUCAAGAUCCCGCAGGUCAAAACCAGAAAAGUUGUCAUGGAUGUGAUCGAGGAGGUCCAAAAUAGGCGAAAUGAGCGCAUCUUGUUUUGGAACGACCUGGGAUGGUGGGACGAAGCCACUGAUCAUCACCAAAUUUACCUCAAGGUAGAAUACAUCGUCCGGGAAUACCGGUCGACGCUCAAGCGCAAAAAAAAUUCCGACCUGGACGACCAUUGCGCGGAGGAAAAGCGGUGUGAUUUGGAAUCAUUGAGCAGGGGCGACAACAGUGCUUGCAAGCGUCCAGAUAAAAUAUUUUCUGAUCCGCCGUGCGACGUGGAACAAGAAAACCGUGCCGCACCGACGCCGGCAACGGCACCCGUGAUUCAUUUAAAGAGCGCAACUUCGAUGUUUAUGGAGGCCCAGAAUGGUGCUUUGCUUGGGGACGCGACAAGCAGAAAAAGACUCAGGUUGCAAAGUCCAUUUGACAGCGAGUCCGACAACGAAAUGGAUAUUGCAACGUGUUUUGGGAUGAAGUUUAUCCAAUGUUGAUGGACAGUUGUGUCUGUUCCUUAGUUCGGGGUGGGCCCAUCUUCACCUUGAAAAUAAUUCGGUUCGUUAUCAAAGAAUWGCCAAGAAAUAAGGUAUCGCAGCACUUUUCGGAAUAUGGAUCUCGGUGGAAGAAUCAGUCUAGWAGUAUUGAAGCCACAAUGCUAUCUUUGUAGUMGUAGAAGUAGUAGUAGCUCCAGGUGAGUCCAGCUCCACCUCAAAAUUGUAAAUUUUGUAGAAAUAUUCAUGAUGGAAAUGAUAUUGCUAGUAGUAGUGGUUUUUAUUCCACAGUCUGGUAGCUACUACUCGUAGUAGCAAAGGAAACAGGAAAAUCAGUAUGUAGUACUUGUAGUACUUAGUCCUACUAGUAGCUCCAACCUCGUAGUAGUAGCAAUACUACUGGUAGUAAUACUACUAUUAGUAGUAGUAGCUGCUACUGCUCUUUUUCCUCAGUCGUCAAAGCAAAAGAAGAACACAAAAAGAUGUACGUUGUAAGGUACCUGGUACAGUACAAGGUGUAUCAUGUUUACUACACCUUGUUUUUUGGCUACUAGAACAGUUAACUUUUGCCCGUUGCAUGUUGCCAAAUGUUGCCACCAGGAAAAUUUAGGAUUUUUUUCCUUUGCUACCACUACUACACUACUCUACUAAUCACACCCCUCUCAUCACUAUAAACAAUAUUAUAAUAAGAAUAUAUUUGUAGCAAUAUUUUAACAAAUAUAAAUACAUUC